AUGGAAGAUCUCAAGGCUGUGAGGCCAGGCGACAACGCCGACCAGGCGUUGGCUAACAUGGGUUAUAAGGCCGAACUGCCUCGCCAUCUCAGCAUGCUGAGCAUCCUCGGUCUUUCUUUUGCCAUCAUGGCCGUUCCCUUUGGCCUGUCGACGACAAUGUACAUUACUCUGACCAACGGCCAAGCCGUCACCAUUCUCUAUGGUUGGAUCAUUGUGUCGCUAAUCUCCCUCUGUAUCGCCGCCUCGCUGGCCGAGAUCUGCGCCGUCUUCCCUACUGCCGGCGGCGUCUACUACUGGAGUGCUAUGCUCAGCAGCCCCGAAUGGGCCCCCUUGGUCAGCUUUGUCGACGGUUGGCUCACCCUCGUCGGCAACUGGACUCUGGCCCUGUCCAUAAACUUCUCGGGCGCCCAGCUUAUCCUCAGCGCCAUCACCAUCUUCAACGAGGACUUUGUCGCAAACGAGUGGCAGACGGUCCUCUGCUUCUGGGCCGUCAUGCUCGUCUGCGCCCUCGUCAACGCCUUCGGCGCCCGAUACCUCGACUUUAUCAACAAGUUGUGCAUCUACUGGACCGGUGCCAGUGUUGUCAUCAUUCUUGUCACCCUUCUCGCUACCGCGGAGCACCGUCGCUCUGCCGAGUUCGUCUUUUCCCACUACGAUUCAUCGGCUAGUGGCUGGCCCUCUGCGUGGUCCUUCUUCGUCGGUCUUCUUCAAGCUGCCUAUACACUCACCGGAUACGGAAUGGUCGCCGUCAUGUGCGAAGAGGUCCAGAGUCCCGAGAGGGAGGUCCCUAGGGCCAUGGUACUCUCCGUUUUCGCAGCGGGUGUCACCGGUGUAAUCUACCUGAUCCCCGUUCUCUUCGUCCUGCCUGAUGUCACCAUGCUUCUGAACGUUGCCAACUCUCAGCCUAUUGGUCUCUUGUUCAAGACUGUGACGGGCUCUGCCUCGGGCGGCUUCGGUCUCCUGUUCCUGAUUCUCGGCAUACUGAUGUUCGCCGGCAUCGGUGCUCUCACGGCCGCGUCCCGCUGCACCUACUCCUUUGCCCGAGAUGGUGCUAUCCCCGGACACAAUAUCUGGAGGAAGGUCAACCCCACCCUGGGUGUGCCCCUGCUGGCGCUUGCCCUCUCCACUGUCAUCGACUGCCUUCUGGGCUGCAUUUACUUUGGCUCGUCGGCCGCUUUCAGCUCCUUUACCGGUGUUGCCACCAUCUGCCUCUCCACGUCGUACGGUGUUCCUGUUCUCGUCAAUCUCAUUCAGAAACGCCGAGCCGUCAAGAACUCUCCCUACCCUCUGGGUAGGUUUGGCUACCUCAUUAACGUGAUCUGCAUCAUCUGGAUCUCCUUUUCUGUCGUCAUCUUCUGCUUCCCCGUCUCUCUUCCAGUUGAUGCUAGUACCAUGAACUACGCCUCCGUCGUAUUUGCCGGUUUCGCUGCCAUUGCUACUGUCUGGUACUUUGCCUAUGCGCGCAAGAACUUCACCGGUCCUCCUGUGACUGGCAACGAGGUUUUGACGGGCCUCCAGGAUGUUGCGGAAGCGAACAAUACCGAAGAGUCAAAGACGGCCAAAUAG